AUGUCAGGUAUAUUUACGGACACUGAGAAGAAUGAGCAAUACCAGGAGGACGAUGACAUUAACCAACAAGAAGAGCUACUUGCAUUUGAUUUUUAUCUGAAGUACUCAAAGUCGAAGGGUUUUAGUGCAAGGAAGAGCAAGACCUUCAAGAAUAGUAUUGGCGAGAUUUACAAACAAAAGUUUGUAUGUCAUAGGCAAGGAUUCAGGGAGGAGAAAUAUUACACGAUGGAAAAAAGGAAGAAGGAGCCUAGAUUGGAAACAAGAACUGGGUGUGAAGUCCGAAUGGAUGUUAAAUUUGUACCAAAAAUUGGAAGGUGGCAUAUCUUUUAUUUCUCUGACGAACACAACCAUGAUCGAUUGGAUACACAAUUCAGUGCUAUGUUGCCUACCCACAGAAAAAUAUCAGAGGUAGAUAUUAUGCAAAUGAUGAACAUGCUAAAGUCUGGGAUUAGCACUUCACAGAUAUUUGGUCUUCUAGCUAGUCAAGCAGGCGGGUAUGAAUUUGUUGGCUAUGGUCCCAGAGAUAUGUACAAUGAGAUUGUUCGGCAAAGGCAUCAAAUUUCUGGUGAUGCGGCACGAGUGUUAAAGAAGUUGGAGGAUAUGCGGUUGAAGGAUCCACAAUUAUAUUUCAAGGCAUGUCAUGAUUCAAGAGGUUUGUUACGUAACUUGUUCUGGUCUGACGGGAUUAGCCAACUAGACUACCAACUCUUUGGAGAUGUUAUUGAUUUUGAUGCUACGUACAAGAAGAACAAGUAUAGUUGUCCAUUAGUCAUAUUUAGCGGGGUUAACCACCACAACCAAACAAUUGUUUUUGUUGCUGCGUUAAUUGUGGACGAAACUACUGAUGCAUAUAUUUGGCACCUGCGUCAGCUCAUGUUUGCAAUGAAGGGUAAGACCCCGACCUCAAUAAUAACUGAUGGGGCCAUGGCGAUUAGGAAUGCAGUAAGAGAAGUAUUUUUCGAAGUCAGACAUAGAUUAUGCGAUUGGCACCUUAUUCGAAAUGCAACUAGUAAUGUUGAAAAUCCAUCGUUUACAUUUAAAUUCAGAAAAAUCAUGUUGGGAGAUUACGAGAUUUUCGUGUUUAAGCGUAAGUGGGUUCAGCUUAUUGAAGAAUUUGGCCUUGAGGAUAAGCCGUGGGUGAAUAACAUGUAUGAAGAGAAGCAUAUGUGGGCUACUGCAUAUAUAAGAGGAAAAUUCUUUGCUAGCUUUAGAACUACCUCAAGAUGUGAAGGUUUACACUCAGUUGUGGCAAGACUUGUAUAG